AUGAACAUCUUCAACCCCAAGAUCCUCGAUGCGAGCAUCCGCGAUGUUUCCCUCUGUCUCUCUGAUAACCAAAAAGCCGACUUACUAUUAUACGCACUGAGUAGCCUGGUUUAUGAAGGUCGCUCUAGAAUCGUAUUCGAGAACGCCAUUCAGUCCUGUUUGCAGGUGACUUCGCUAUCUCCCGAAAACACUGCCAAGGCCCGUAUUCUGAGAGCCAGGGCUAGGCUCAACACCGGCUCCAUUUUCGGCGCACAAGAAGAUCUUCAAGCUGCGUUAGUUGCCGAACCUGAUAAUCCUGAGGCGACUGCUUUACUACACAAAAGGUCUGUAAAUGUAGAAAAGCUGUUGGCACCCAAACCAAUCAUCAAAGGGCAAUUCUCCGUGGAGAUCUGGCGAGAGAUCGCGUCAUUACUACCGCGAAGAGAUCUUAAAACGCUGCUCUUCGUCCCAAAUUCUCUUUCCCGCAUAGCAUCUCAGCUCUUGUUUCGAAAAUUGGACCUUCAUUUUUCUGAUUUUUCUGACAUAGCUGAAGAAGAAGCUGAUUCUUGGAGAACCCCCCUUCUUUCUGCAAACAUCAGGGACCAAAGCAAUCGACACGCACAACGUACUGCGGACAUCCUCACCCGAGUGAUCACAGAUGCUUCUUUUGCGUUGGUUGUGCGGACAUUAAGGAUAUUCUCGUUUAGGUCGGAUAAGGAUGGGUGGAGUUCUUUCCAGAUUGGUAUAUUAUCCAAUGCUCUUCCGAAGCUCAUCAAUCUCCGGAAUGUUCAUAUCACUGCUCCCAUUGAUGGGACAAUGCCCAUCCUUCAAAUCUUGCAAACCUCGCACCCACGAUUAUCCGGACUUACACUUCAAAUACCUAGCGGAUCGCUUGGUCUCUCAACUCUGACUUUCCAGCAUCUUGCCCACUUCGCCUAUGAAGCAAGUUAUGUGCCAAGCUCUGCGAGUGGAAGCGAUCCUUCCUCCUCCGCUUCAUCCGAGUCUGAAUCUCUCUCUGAGUUCCUUUCCCAGAACCGUGGAACUUUGCGGACACUCUGUAUAGAGAACCCGACCUCUACUUUUCCUGCAACUUCGUCUAUCUCAAUUCGGAAUUUCACACACAUUGGAUAUAUGGGUCAACUGCCUGUUACUUCAAGUCAGUUGAUUCCUGAUCUGCUCACGCAUGGGCGGCAGCUAGAGUGCCUCAAUUUAACGGUCCUUCUGGAUUGUGCGCUUUCUCCAUAUUUCCGUUCACUCUCGACGUCACUCCCGUUCCUCCGCCAUUUUACUCUCUGCAUUGCUGGGAGCGUCUCUAGACAAUUGAAUGACCGAGACUUGUUACCCUCGAUUGCAGAUUUCUUGCGAAAUCGAAGAGAUCUCAAAACCUUGACUUUGACAGUUGGGGGUGGAGAAUUUGUUCUCCGUUCAACGGGAUUCGACGCUAGUAUUUGGGGUGUCCUUCCAUCCCUUACAUCUCUACUUGGACUGACGAUAACUUACCCAAAAGAUUUGGCUCCUGGUCUAGGGGCUUGGCUUAUCCCACGGACAGUUGUAUCACUCACGUUAGAUGGUUUCGCUGCCGCUUCUCUUCGAGAACCUUUGAUAUUCUUAACUCAACUUCGUCCUGGAAUCCCUACGGGGCUCCUAUUCAUUACUUUAGCCGACUUUCCUCUUCCUUUCCCUGCCCAGGUCGUAGAGGUUGGAUUUCCCAUGGUUCGAUUGAUUCGAAUGGGGAACAACUAUUUCACGGUUCUCAACAAUCUCCCUGGAUAUGCAGGUGGAAAUCGUCAACACCAUCGUCAUCACAGUUCUCGUCACUCCAGCUACUCUCAUCUACCCAGUUCUAAUUCUUCGCCUGCUGCUAGUCCUAUGUCUACAAUAUCAACCGAAUCCGAUAUUUCAUACGACCUUGAGCAAUGGCCUAAGCGACGAGCAGUCUUUCAUGCUAGGGAAUGGUUUGAAUGGCUGGGCUGCGAACCAGGCGAAGCACCUGAUCUUCAGGAAUUCUCUUUGAAAUGA